CCUUCCAUGUGAAGUGCUCUUCUAAGAUCUAACCUUUAGUCAGUGAGUGACUUUCAUUUAUGGGAGUAAAAGGAAGUUAUGAAAUAGCUGUAUGUGAAUGUUACAAGUUAUCGAGGAUCUCUAAAAGGCCAAAAUAUUCGUUUAAAAGACAAAGAUAUUCUAAUAUGUCAAUACAAAACAAAAAAUCUUCUGACCACUCAGUUGAGGUGAUGAAACCCAAAGAAUUCAUGUAGCAAAAUGGAGGAAAUUAGAAGAAUGGCCAUCUAACAAUCCGUCAUUGGGGAAGUGAUGAAGAACAUUUACUGGCUUAUUCUGAAACUUGUUAAAUUUGCGACUCUUGGCUGCAUAUGGAUUUCUGUGGUGCAUUGUACAGUCUUAAACAGCUGCCUAAAGUCAUGUGUAGUUAACCUGGGAAGGCAACUUGAAAUUGGCACACCAUAUAAUCUGAGUGAACCGUGCAUCCAAGGAUGUCAUUUUUGGGACUCUGCUGAUCAGGAAAAGUGUGCUUUAAAGUGUAAUGAUACCUUUGCCACCAUUUGUGAGCGAGAAUCCUGUGAGGUUGGCUGCAGCAGUGCUGAAGGGGCAUAUGAAGAGGAAGUACUAGAAAAUGCAGACCUUCCUACUGCUCCUUUUGCUUCUUCUAUUGGAAGCCACCAUGUGACAUUACGAUGGAAUGCUGCCAACAUCUCUGGAAUAAAAUAUAUCAUUCAGUGGAAAUAUACGCAACUUCCAGGAAGCUGGACUUACACUAAGGCAGUAUCGAAGCUCUCAUAUUUGGUUGAGCCCCUGCAUCCCUUCACUGAAUAUAUUUUCCGAGUGGUUUGGAUCUUCACGGCCCAGCAGCAGCUGUACUCUCCACCAAGUCCCAGUUACAGAACACAUCCUCAUGGAGUUCCUGAAACUGCUCCUUUCAUUAGAAAUAUUGAAAGCUCAAGUCCCGACACUGUGGAAGUCAGUUGGGCUCCGCCACAAUUCCCAGGUGGACCUAUUUUGGGUUAUAACUUAAGGCUGAUCAGCAAAACUCAGAAAUUAGAUUCAGGGACACAGAGUACCAGUUUCCAGUUUUACUCUACGCUACCAAAUACCACGUACAGGUUUUCUAUUGCAGCAGUAAAUGAAGUUGGUGAGGGGCCGGAAGCAGAAUCUAGUAUUACCACUUCAUCUCCAGCAGUUCAAGAAGAAGAACAGUGGCUCUUUUUAUCCAGAAAAUCUUCUCUAAGAAAGAGAUCUUUAAAACAUUUAGUAGAGGAAGCACAUUGCCUUCAUUCAGAUGCCGUACAUUAUAAUAUUACAGGAAUAUCAAUUAAUGGCCACCAGCAACUUGUUUAUUUCUCUGAAAGAAAUCUCAUAUGGGUAAAAGCCGCUGCCAACAUGUCUGAUGUAUCUGACCUGAGAAUUUUUUAUAGAGGUUCAGGAUUAAUUUCUUCCAUCUCUGUUGACUGGCUUUAUCAAAGGAUGUAUUUCAUCAUGGAUGAACUGGUAUGUGUCUGUGAUUUAGAGAACUGCUCAACGAUUGAGGAGAUUAGUCUUCCCUCUAAUAUUGCACCUCAAAAAAUUGAAGCUGAUUCAUAUAAUGGGUACGUCUUUUAUCUCCAGAGAGACGGCAUUUAUAGAGCAGAUCUCCCUCUGCCACCCGGUCGGGACUCUGAAGCCGUGCGUAUUGUGGCGAGUUACACCUUAAAGGACUUUGUGGUGAAGCCGCAGUCCAAGAGAAUCAUUUACUUCAAUGAUACUGCCCGAGUCUUCAUGUCAACGUUUCUGGAUGGCUCGGCUUCCCACCUUGUCCUACCUCAUGUCCCCUUUGCUGAAGUGAAGAGCUUUGCUUGUGAAAACAGUCACUUCCUUGUCACGGAUGGCAAGGCCGUUUUCCAGCAGGACUCCCUGUCUUUUAAUGAGUUCAUUGUGGGGUGUGACCUGAGUCGCAUAGAAGAAUUUGGGUUUGGUAACUUGGUCAUCUUUGGCUCAUCCAACCAGCCGCACCCUCUGCCAGGUCGCCCACAGCAGCUCUCCGUGCUGUUUGGCUCCCACCAGGCCCUCGUUCAGUGGAAGCCUCCUGCCCUCGCCAUAGGAGCCAGCCCAUCUGCCUGGCAAAACUGGACUUAUGAGGUGAAAGUGUCAACCCAAGACCUUCCUGAAAUCACUCAUUUUUUCUCUAACAUAAGUGGGACCAUGCUUAACGUACCCGAGCUGCAGAGUUCUACGAAAUACAAGGUUUCUGUGAGAGCAAGUUCUCCCAAGGGCCCAGGCCCAUGGUCGGAACCCUCAGUGGGGACCACUCUGGUGCCAGCUACAGAACCACCAUUUAUCAUGGCUGUGAAAGAAGACGGGCUUUGGAGUAAACCAUUAAAUAGUUUUGGCCCAGGAGAAUUCUUAUCCUCUGAAAUAGGAAAUGUGUCAGACAUGGAUUGGUAUAACAACAGCCUCUACUACAGCGACAUGAAAGGUGACGUUUACGUGUGGCUGCUGAAUGGGACAGAUGUCUCCGAGAAUUAUCACAUAUCCAACAUUGCAGGAGCUGGGGCUUUAGCUUUUGAGUGGUUGGGUCACUAUCUCUACUGGGCCGGAAAAACAUAUGUGAUACAGAGGCAGUCUGUGUGGACAGGACACACAGACAUUGUGACUCACGUAAAGCUGCUGGUGAAUGACAUGGUGGUGGAUUCAGUUGGUGGAUAUCUCUACUGGACCACACUAUAUUCAGUCGAAAGUACCAGGCUAAAUGGGGAAAGUUCUCUUACACUACAGGCACAGCCUUGGUUUUCUGGGAAAAAGGUAAUUGCUCUCACUUUAGACCUCAGUGAUGGGCUCCUGUAUUGGUUGGUUCAAGACAGUCAAUGUAUUAACCUGUACACAGCUGUUCUUCGGGGACAGAACAGCAUUGGUGAUACGACCAUCACAGCAUUUGCAGCCUGGAGUACUUCUGAAAUUUCCCAGAAUGCACUGAUGUACUAUAGCGGUCGGCUUUUCUGGAUCAACGGCGUUAGGAUUAUCACAGCCCAAGAAAUAGGUCAGAGAACCAGCGUCUCUGUUUUGGAACCAGCCAAAUUUAAUCAGUUCACAAUUAUUCAGACAUCUCUCAAACCUCUACCAGGGAAUUUUUCCUUUGCUCCUAAGGUUAUCCCAGAUUCUGUACAAAAAUCUUCAUUUAGGAUUGAAGGAAAUGCGUCAAGUUUUCAAAUCCUGUGGAAUGCUCCCCCUGCUGUGGGAUGGGGUGUGAUUUUCUACAGUGUGGAAUUCAGUGCUUAUUCUAAGUUUCUGGCCACUGAACAACAGCCUUUACCUGAAUUUACUGUGGAAGGGCUGGAGCCCUAUGCUUUAUUUAAUCUUUCUGUCACUCCUUAUACCUACUGGGGAAAGGGCCCCAAAACAUCUCUAUUACUUCGAGCACCUGAAGCAGUUCCAUCAGCACCAGAGAAUCCCAGGAUAUUUAUAUUGCCAAGUGGAAAAUACGGCAACAAGAAUGAAGUUGUGGUGGAAUUUAGGUGGAAUAAACCUAAGCAUGAAAAUGGUGUGUUAACAAGAUUUGAAAUUUUCUAUCAAAUAUCCAACCAAAGUGACACAAACAAAACAUUCAAAGACUGGAUUGCUGUCAAUGUCACUCCCUCAGUGAUGUCUUUUCAACUUGAGGGCAUGAGUCCUGGGUACAUUGUUUGCUUCCAGAUUCGAGUCUUCACAUCCAAAGGGCCAGGACCAUUUUCUGACAUAGCAAAGUCCAAAACAUCAGCAAUUGACCCAUUUCCAUACCUCAUAACUCUUUUUGGCAACAAGAUAGCUGUUUUAGAUAUGGAUCGAAAUCAAGUCGUGUGGACGUUUUCAGCAGAAAGAGACAUCAGUGUCGUGGGCUACACGGCUGAUAAUGAGAUGGGGUAUUAUGCCCAAGGAGACUCUAUCUUCCUUCUGAACCUGCACAGUCAUUCCAGCUCUGAGAUUUUCCAAGAUGCACUGGUUUUUGAUAUCACAAUGUUGACAAUUGACUGGAUUUCAAGGCACCUCUACUUUGUGCUGAAAGACGGAAUGCAGAUAUUUGACGUUGAUCUUGAACACAAGGUGAAAUAUACCAGAGUUCUGAAGAUUGGCAGCAGGAAUUCAACAAUAAUCUCUUUUUCUGUGUAUCCUUUCUUAAGUCGCCUGUAUUGGACAGAAGUUUCCAAUGUUGGCUGUCAGAUGUUCUACUACAGUGUUAUCAACCACACCUUGCACCGCAUUCUCCAACCCACAACCACAACCCAUUGGAAUGGAAGGAGCCAAUGUUCUUGCAAUGUGACUGAAUUUGAGUUAAGUGGAUCAAUGACUAUUGAUACCUCUGACCUGAAGAAACCAUGCAUAUAUUUUGUCAAAGGGCAAGAGAUCUGGGCCAUGGAUCUGGAAGGAUGUCAGUGUUGGAGAGUUAUCAUGGUACCAGUGAUGCUUGGAAAAACUCCUGUUAGUUUAACCGUGGGUGGAAAGUUUCUAUAUUGGAUUGUCACAGAAAAGGACAGCACACAGAUUUAUCAAGCAAAGAAAAGAAAUGGGGCCAUCCCCUCCCAGGUGAAGGCCCCAAAGAGUGAGCACAUCUUGGCUUACAGCCCAGUUAUGCAGCCUUUUCCAGAUAAAGCAUUUCUGUCUCCAGCUUCAGAUGCUGAGGAACCAACUAUACUUAAUGCCACUAACACCAGCCUCACAAUUGAAUUACCGCCGGUCAGGACCAAGCUCACGUGGAGUGGCAUCACCAGCCCCACUCCAACAUACCUGGUAUAUUACAGAGAGGUUAACAGCAAGAAAAACAGCUCUGACUUGAAAUAUGGAAUGCUGGAAUUUCAGGAGAGGAUAGCCUUUUUUGAAGGUUUACAACCAUUUUCAACAUACAUGAUACAAAUAGCUGUAAAGAAUUAUUAUUCAGAUCCUUUGGAGCAGUUACCUCUGGGAAAAGAGAUUUGGGGAAAAACUAAAAGUGGAGUGCCAGAGGCAGUUUGGCUCAUUAACAUAACCGUGUGGUCAGACACCAGCCUCAUUAUAUCCUGGAGAGAAUCUCCCAAGCCAAAUGGACCUAAAGAGUCCAUACGCUAUCAGUUGGCCAUCUCACAUCUGCCCUUAAUUCCUGAAACUCCUCUAAGACAAAGUGAAUUUCCAAGUGGAAGGCUCACCCUGCUUGUUACUGGACUGUCUGGUGGAAAACUAUAUGUAAUAAAGGUGCUGGCCUGCCACUCUGAGGAAAUGUGGUGUGCUGAAAGUCAUCCUGUCACCGUGCAGACAUUUGACACCCCAGAGAAACCUUGUGCUCUUGUUCCAGAGAACACAAGUUUGCAGUUAGAAUGGAAGGCGCCACCCAAUGUUAACCUCAUCAGAUUUUGGUUUGAACUACAGAAGUGGAAAUACAAUGAGUUUUACCAUGUUAAAGGUUCGUGCAGCCAAGGUCCUGCAUACGUCUGUAACAUCUCAGAUCUACAACCUUAUACUUCCUAUAGUAUCCGAGUAGUCGUGGUUUAUGUGACAGGAGAAAAUAGCACCUCACUCCCAGAAAGCUUUAAGACAAAAGCUGGAGUCCCAAGUAAACCGGGCAUUCCAAAAUUAGUAGAAGGGAGUAAAAAUUCAAUACAGUGGGAAAAAGCAGAAGACCAUGGAAGCAGAGUUAUGUACUAUAUCCUUGAGAUCAGAAAGGGCACUUCAAAUGAUUCACAGAACCAGAAUUCACAGUGGAAGGUGGCAUAUAAUGGAUCCUGCAGUAGCAUUUGCACAUGGAAGUCCAAAAACCUGAAAGGAACAUUCCAGUUCAGAGUAAUAGCUGCUAAUAAGCUGGGGUUUGGUGAACAUAGUGGAAUUAGUGAGAAUAUUGUACUAGUUGGAGAUGCUUUUUGGGUUCCAGAAACAAGCUUUAUAUUUACUAUUAUAAUUGGAAUAUUUCUGAUUUUUACAAUACUGUUGACCUUUGUUUGUCAUAGAAGAUUAAAGAAUCAAAAAACUCCCAAGGAAGGGCUGUCGGUUCUCAUAAACAAAGAUAAAGAGUUGGCUGAGCUGCGAGAUCUGGCAACAGUAGGACUGGCUAGUGCCUGCUAUGCUAUACAUACUCUUCCAACCCAAGAUGAGAUUGAAAGUCUUCCUACCUUUCCUCGUGAAAAACUGACCCUCCGCCUCUUGUUGGGAAGUGGGGCCUUUGGAGAAGUGUAUGAAGGGACAGCAGUAGAUAUCUUAGGAGCUGGAAGUGGAGAAACCAAAGUAGCAGUGAAGACUUUGAAGAAGGGUUCCACAGACCAGGAGAAGAUUGAAUUCCUGAAGGAGGCGCAUCUGAUGAGCAAGUUUGAUCAUCCAAACAUUCUGAGGCAACUUGGAGUUUGUCUGCUGAACGAACCCCAAUACAUUAUCCUGGAGCUGAUGGAAGGAGGAGACCUUCUCACGUAUUUGCGUAGAGCCCGGAAGACAACAUUUCAUGGUCCAUUGCUCACCUUGGUUGACCUUGUAGACCUGUGUGUAGAUAUUUCAAAAGGCUGCGUCUAUCUGGAGCAGAUGCACUUCAUUCACAGGGAUCUAGCGGCUCGGAAUUGCCUUGUCUCAGUGAAAGACUAUACCAGUCCAUCACGGAUAGUGAAAAUUGGGGACUUCGGACUUGCAAGGGAUAUCUAUAAAAACGACUACUAUAGAAAGAGAGGGGAAGGCCUGCUCCCUGUUCGGUGGAUGGCUCCAGAAAGUUUGAUGGAUGGAAUCUUCACUACCCAAUCUGAUGUAUGGUCUUUUGGAAUUCUGAUUUGGGAGAUUUUAACUCUUGGCCAUCAGCCUUACCCAGCUCAUUCCAACCUUGAUGUUUUAACCUAUGUGCAAACAGGAGGCAGACUGGAGCCACCAAGAAAUUGCCCUGAUGACCUGUGGAAUUUAAUGUCACAAUGCUGGGCCCAAGAACCUGACCAAAGACCUACUUUCCAUAAAAUUCAAGACCAGCUUCAGUUAUUCAGGAAUUUCUCCUUAAAUAGUAUUUCCCAAUGCAGUGACAAAGCAAAUACCUGUGGAGUUGUUAAUGAAGGCUUUGAGGAUGAAGAUGUCAAUGUGAAGUGUUUGAAUUCAGAUGAUGUUAUACCAAUUGCUUUAGUGGAAACCAAGAAUCAGGAAGGUUUAAACUACAUGGUACUAGCUACAGAAUGCCACCAAGGUGAACAAAAUUCAGAGGGUCCUCUAGGCUCCAAGGGAUCUGAACUUUGUGGUCUGGGGAAAGAAGAGAAGGAACCACAUGCAGACAAAGAUAUCUGCCAAGAAAAACAAGUGGCUCCCUGCCCUUCUCCUGGCACGCCUGGAGGCCUGAACUAUGCCCGUCUCACUCACAGUGGCGACGGAGAGGGAUCUGAUUAAUGGCUGUGGUUGGAAAACACAGACUUGAGCUGAACACUCCCAUUAAGUAGUUACUGAAAGAAAACCCUGGUAGAAUGAUAGAUGUUGUGGUGGUCUUCAACUCUGAAUUAACACUGGAAAGUUCUUGACUUCUGAUGUUGAUUCCCAGAGCCAUUUGGUUUCAGUUGUGACAAUCCCCACACCAAUUACAGUCGAAUUAGAAGGUGAACCACAAAGCAUUUGGAAAGCUAUGGAGACUCACAAGUCUGGAAGGGAAACACUGCUCUCUCUACCCUGAGGUCCCUUGGCCCUUGCAUACCUUUCAGUCUGGGCUAUAACAAAAACAUCUUGGUUAGAAGCAGAAAUAGGUCUAUUCAGGGAUCCGAAGGACGGGGGUGAGAGGCAUGGUCAGGGGUCCGGCUCCCAAAGGGGACAGAGGAAAUGACUAAAAACUACACAUACAGAAGGAACAGCACCUACAACAUGAGGAAUCAUUUGGAAAGCUAUUACUACAAGAAAAAUAUUAUCUUGAAUCACUACUGUAAAAGAGUUUGUAUUUUGCAGGCUUGGAUCAAUAGCUUAGUCAUGUUGAAAUUAGGACCAUGACAAUCUCUAGGCCUUGAAGUUUAGCCCUGCACGAUCUUUGGGUUGUAUAAAAUGCACUCUGUGACUUGUGUGCUAUUAUGGAAACGAACCAGUGUGUAAGAUUGUUUUUAUUUGCCAUAUUCAUUUUAUCCAUAGAAGACUUAAGAUUGCCUUGAGCAUCAAAUUGUCCUUAAUAUUAUAUAUAUACAAUUAUACAAUACUAACUCAAGCUCUGUGAUUUUUAGUAAGCACACAAAAUAAUAAUGAGAAAUAUGUAUUUUUUUUUGAAUCUUCACACACACUUAUUUGAAACCAAUAAAUUUUUUUUGCAAUUACCCAUUUAAAUCUUAAAGCCUCAACUGCUCUAAUGGGAACCUAUUGAAAGCAUUCCUUGUGAUAUUUAGGUGCAGCAUACAGGAUGUUGAGUAGAUAUAAGGAAGAACAUUUUUCUAGUGACAUUUGCUAAACACUUUUGUGGAAGAGGAUCACGGAUCAGCUUCCACCUUGCAUAACUGAGUUAAUCUUUUAAUUUGCCUACUGCCUGAGAACCUGAACAGAUGAGUGGCUGAAUGGUGAAGCCCAGAGGGAAGUCAGUGCAUUGGUUCUGCAAUUAAUGGCUCCCACGAGAGGCCCAGCAUAGUGGCCACUCUGCCACAUCUGACACUCCUCUGAACAGGGCAGGGUAUUGUCUUCCUGAUCUUGUGACUGUCUAACGGGCAUUUAUCAUUCUUUCUGAUGGCCCAUCAUACAAAACCCCUUCCUGGGUUGGGGAAUCCCUCCAUCUUUAAAGUCUGGGUGGGAACCAUAUUCCUUUCUUCCCCUAGAAACUCUUGCAGCCAUGGGGCAGGCAUGUGAUCACUCAGACACGUCCAUCCCAGGCUUUUAAUUGUGUGCUAAGGAUGUAGAGAAGCAGGGACCACGGCCAGUCUUCCAGAGUGAUGGUGGUGCCUGCAGAAGUCUGGCUUCUGCAGAGGUCUGGGUCCUACCGUGGUGCUGGAGGUGCCGUGGCAGCUGGGGUGGCCAGACUGGAGCAGUUCUGCUGUCUGCUUCUAGCCAUUACUCCCAGUUCCAGCUCUGUGGCCUCUGAGUCAGGUUCUCAAGCCCUCCUAGGGAGUCUGUGAGUUACCCCUAUGCUCUGUGAAUAAAUGCUUUUCUGUUAAAA